AUGGUGAAAUCUAAUGAGUUUGAUAAGGAUAAUCCAAUCAUGAAAGUUGGUAUGAAGUAUCCUAACAAAAAGACAUUGAAGAGAUCCUUAGAUCAUUUUGCAGUAAAGACAUUGAACAAUGAGCAUGAAUGCCCUUCUGUGAACAGAUGUGGGAAUAAAAUGGCAUCACAAUUUUGGGUGUGCGAUAGAGUAGUUGACUGGCUUAAAACGGAGGGAGAAAUUUCAGUCCCUGAUUUGCAAAAAAGACUUUUAAGGACAUAUAACGUGGAUGUUCCAUAUUUGAGGUGCUUUAGGGGAAAGGAGUUGGCAUGUGAAGAGAUACAUGGAAACUGGGAAGAAUCAUAUGAAAGAAUGGUAGACUUUAAAGAGGAAAUAAUAAGAAGAAAUCCUGGAAGUAUAGUGGAUAUCAAAACACAAAAUUGUACUGAUGGAAGAAUAUGUUUUCAGCGUAUAUUUGUCGCAUUUGAAGCUUGCCUUAAAGGUUUUUUAGAUGGUUGUAGGCCAUACUUAGCUAUUGAUGGAUGCCAUCUUAAAGGUAAGUACAAAGGCGUUUUAGCUGCAGCAACAGCAAUAGAUGGAAAUAAAUGGUUAUUCCCUGUUGCCUAUGCAGUAAUUGAAUCUGAAAAUAUAGACAGUUGGGAAUGGUUUCUUAGGAACUUGCAAUUAGGUAUAGGGAAUCCUGAAGGUUUAGUCAUCUCAUCAGAUAGGCAAAAAGGAUUAGACGAGGCAGUCUUUAGAGUUUAUCCACUAGUAGAACACAGAGAAUGUGUGAGGCAUUUGUACACUAACUUUAAAAGGAAGUUUCCUGGACGGAUUUUAAAGCAAACUCUAUAUAGUGCAGCCUUAGCAUACACACCAUCUCAAUAUGAGGCUAAUAUGUCUAAGCUGAUGGAAGCAAACCCAGCUGCCAUUGAAUUCCUGCGUCAAAAUCAUAAUAUGAUUUGGAGUAGAAGUCAAUUUGGAACCCAAGCAAAAUGCAAUUACAUAACUAACAACCUAUCUGAAUCUUUUAAUUCUUGGAUAUCUGAGGCUAGAUAUAAGCCUGUCCUGGAGCUUCUUGAUAGCAUACGACAAAAAAUUAUGACAAAAAUGGAUUCAAGAAGGAGAGAAGCAAGAAAGUGGAAACUUUCCUUGGUGCCAGCAGCUUUGCACCACAUUGAUGCCAAAAGCAAGGGUUUAGGAAAUUAUACUAUAUGUAGAAGUUCAAACACUAUGGCUGAAGUGAUAAGCCCUGAUUCAAGAUGUGAGGUAAUUCUAGAUGAGAGAAAAUGUACUUGUAGAAGUUGGCAGGUCACGGGCUUACCAUGCAUCCACGCAUGUGCAUUUAUCACUAGUUUAAGAGGUUAUGAAUGGCUGAGCUAUGUAGACCCACUAUUCACUGUCUCUAAAUUCAGAGCUGCUUAUGCUCAUGAAGUUGUACCUUUGCCGGACAAGAAUCAGUGGAUAAAGACUAACCUAGAUUACAAACUACUACCUCCAAUAAAGAGAAUUAGAGCAGCGGAUGAGCCGACAAAGAAGAGACACAAAUGUAAAAGAUGCAACCAAUUUGGGCACCAUGCUAAGUCUUGCAAAAAUCCUAUGCCUUCUACCGCAGAGCCUUCAUCUCAAGCUGAUGGUGGAUCACAUGCAACAUUCAACUCUACAAAUUAUAAUUCCUCAACCCAAUCUAGCUACCAUGAUCCAAGAAAAAGAGGCAGGAAAAGAGCAACAUACACCCAACCACUUGCUGGAACCAGUAGCAUUGAAGGGCUUACAUCUCCUGAAGUACAAAUGACAAAUCUUGCAUCUAGUAGUGAAGCUAAACCCAUUGAAGGACUACAACCACUGGAGAAACAACAACUACAGAUUGGGAGCCCAUCUGGAUUUGGUACUUAA